CAACCAUGUCUGAAAGUGUAGAUGAUGUCGUUCUUCCCCGUUUCUUCAAGGUCUUCCUCUCAGAAACGUCUUCUGAGUUAAUGGCGCUUCCAAUGUCUUUCAUUGAGCAUCUUGAAGACCCACUGCCACAAACGGCUAAGCUCCAAGGCACUGGAGGUGGUGUUUGGACUGUUAACUUCAAGAAGAUACGUGACUGUGCGUAUUUCACUUCAGGGUGGUCCACGUUUGCAGAGGACCAUAAGCUCAAGGACGGGGAGUUCUUGACCUUUGUCUACGACGGUUCCCACACUUUUGAAGUCAGUGUCUUUGGUCGUUCUGGUUGUAAGGAGAUAAGAGCUGCUGUGGAGACAGUUGACCUCUCUGAUGCUAGUUCCGACAAAGAAGAAGAAGAAGAAGAAGAAGAAGAAGAAGAAGAAGAAGAGGAGUCUUCCAUGGAUGAUGAUUCUGAUGAGGAAGAAGAAGAAAGUGAUGAUGAUUCUUCUUUCAUUGCUGGUGAAGAUGAUGAAAUCAGCCAGAGUAUCUACCCUGUUGGCAGUGAAGACACCGCAUCAAAUGCUGAAGUUGUUGCAGGGUUUUCCAAUUUGGAGGUGGAGUCUAAUCCAUGCUUUACUACCACCCGCAAGAACAGGAUAUAUGAGCUGUUGAUUCCUGCAACUGUGGUGAAAGAACAUGGACUUACAUUUUGUAACCGCCUCAAGUACAUUGAUGGAGAAGGGAUCUUGUAUGGGGAUAAAGGGAAAUGGUCUGAUGACAGGAUUUGCUUCAAAGGAUGGGACAGGAUUUGUAGAAGGAACAGGCUUAAAGAGAAUGAUCGUGUCCACUGCGAGAUGCUUCAUAUCAGGAAGAAAGUUCACUCCAUCAAGAUCACAGUCACUCGUGGUCGUGGUUGAAUCACUCACCAUCAUCAUCAUCCGCUCAUCACCAUCACUCAUCAUCACCACUUAUCACCAUAACUAUCUAUGUCUUUUGUUUGUUUUAGGAGUGUUGUUGUUUUCCUUCUCAGGUUUUAUCUUAGUAGUACUUUCUUUAUCCCCAAGAAUGUGUGUGAACUUAUUGAUGUUUCAAGUUGUACUUUGAAUGCUUAUUAUGUAAUGCAUCUAUG